AUGCCAGCUUUAGACCCUUUCUCAGCAGCUUCAAGACCUAUGAUUUCAUUCGAUUCACAACCUUCUGAUCCAUUAAGGUUCGCAGAUACUUUUUCCUUUACUUCUUUGGAUGUUAUACCAUCGGGUGAUAUACAUCAUUCAGAUACUCGACAGGAUCGGAAUCGAGCGACUUUGAUAGGUGAAGGUAACCAUCUACCAUAUGAACAGACCUCGUACGAUUCACGAAUCAAUCAUGUUUCUGAAGUACCUGAGACAUCUGGAAUAUCUGGGGUAUCUAAAUCCCAAUCUGACUUCUCUUCAACGAUCGAAUCACAUUCUGGAAACUCUGAACAAAUCAGUAUAAAAUCAUCUAGCAGAUAUCCUACGACUCUCCUAUACCUCCAUGGCCCUCGAGGUAUCUCGGAAUCUUCAAGUUCCCAACGCUCCCAAUUUGAAAACUCUCAUGAACCUCACACCACCUCCCAAAUUCCAGACUCUCACGAAUCACGCACCACCUCCCAACCUUCGAACAAUUCCCAACCACAUACGACCCUUCUAACCCGGACCAAGGAGAUCAAUCAUUCUGCUGUCAAUGACAAAGGCGAAGUGGUGACAAUAAGAAGACGCCCUUUACCCAAACCGAAGAAAAGAGAUCAUGAUACAGGUUUACCAACCACUUUCCCCGAUACGAUGCAUGCUCCUCUUCGACGAGCUAGUUAUUCCUCUCUGGGAAUCAGAGCUGUUCUUAAUGACCAAAAUGUUCCACACACUCUCAACGAUCAAAUCUUAAGAGGUGUUAGAGAUCGUAACGAUCAUGAGGUUUUUGAGGAUCUUCACAGGUCCAGCGGUUCUAGUGGUCCUAACGACCACAACGUUUUUGACGGUGUCAACGCUCCUAGUGGCCCCAGCAGUCUCAACAUCCCUAGCGCUCCCAAUGUCUUCAUAUCGGGAAAAGAGGAGAAAUUGAGCAACUACAGUCCUAGGGUGGACGUGAAAGUGGGUAUGAGAAAUUUUAACACGUUCGUUGGUGGAUUCAAUGGGAAAGGAGUAGAAAGAGGUAGUGACGAAUGGAUGAGUAGACAAGUCGCUCUUUGUGUUGAUGGUGCUAGAGGGGAAUUAAUGAUCAACGAUUGCGACCUACCUUUCCUCAGUCCGAAGAUAUCCGACCUUCGUAAUCUAGUCACCCUGCCUUCCUCCUUUUCACCCUCAACAUCAACCUCCACCCAACCACGUUCCCUCAUCCCUCCCACUUCCCCUUUGACAAAAUCAUUAUCACGACUUCCUUCCAACCCUAUCUACUCUUCUAAUCUCUCUCAUCUUUCUCCCGAUCCCGGAAUAUCAUCAUCAAUUUCUUUUCAACCCCAACAACUGUCGACGAAUACUCACCCUUCUCCAUUCUCAGCCAAUCGAUCUUUCUCAUCUUUCAGUAGAACCACUUCCGCACCUGCCUCUGCGCCAUUUUUCCGUUCUCCACCUCGUACCAAUCUCACAUAUUCUCCUUACUCGGCACCUGAGAGCUCGGAGAGGACGAAUAGUUUGCUCGCUUCGCCCGCUUUGAUAGAAGGUGUAGUCAGUGAGAACAUUGAUCAUCCUGGUGGGAAUGGGACGAGUGGGAGUGGUCCGGGAAGAGAAGGGACGAGUGGGACUGGUAUUGGGGAAACACAAAAUCGGACUCCGAGUGGUUCACCUAUGAACAAAAGGAUAUUUUCAAGGUCUAAAACUGGAGCGGUGGCAUUGUCUCCACCGUUAGGACCACCUCCAGCUAAGGAUAUCGCGAUUUAUGCUAAUAAAAACCGGUUGACUAGCCUCCCUACGGCCUUGUUCGACAUUACCAACCUCACCACGCUUAGUUUACGACAUAACCAAUUGACCACUUUACCUGCUGCUAUUGGUGAAUUGAGACAUCUUCGGGAGCUCAACAUUGGUAAUAACCCUAUUGUCUACCUCCCAUCCACCAUCCUCAAUCUCCAACACCUCGAAACCUUUUCCGCAGCCCCUAACAAAUUCCUCAUCCCUCCUUCCCCUCCUUCCACCGCUUCUCAUCCCUCCACAGAAGUCCUAUCAUCCCAUACCAAACCUUCCCCCCCUCUACCCUCAUCCCCCAACACCCCUUCUAUUCCAUCAAAGUAUCCCGACCUACACACCCUCACCAUCACCCCCACCGGUCGUCGUCUCGGUCCUCUGAUUCGACAUAUACACCCAAUCAACCGUCUAGUAGAUAUAUGUCUCAACAUCCUCAUCUCACCUCACAAAUCGUCGAUCCCCCCUUUAGCACAAUACGAUUGGUCGUCUUCUUCCGGUCGACAUCCUCUCUUGGAUCCAGAAACGAUGCAUACUUAUUUUCCUCACAUCUCUUUAUCAGAUAUCAAACGAAUGCUCCAAAGUGUCAAAACGGCAUCAGAUAGGAUGGAAAGGAUGGGAAAGAAAUCAGUCCCAAAAUCGUAUGAUACGCCUUUACCGGAUGACGCAGCUGAGAAUCCAUGGUUUUAUUCUUGUCCUAAUCCGGACCAUGAUCUCUCUUGGGGUUUAUCUUCUAACGUGGGAGUAUCUGGGAUGAUGGGAGAUGCAUGGGGUGAAUCAGUUGGAUUUGGAUCAGGAGUGUCAGGAGGAGUUGGGGGAUCAGGGAAAAUGGAAGAAAGACGAAAGUUAUUCUUACAUCCAGCGGAAGAAAGAAUUGAAUGGAGAGAUUUAUGUGGUGUGAAAGAUGUACCUUUGAAAUGGUGGGGUUGUUCACCUGGUUGUUUGAGGUUUUUAGAAGGGGAAGAAGGAGAAGGAGAAGAAGAUGUCGAUUGGGGCUUGGAAGGGUUGGAAGAGUAA